GAGAUGAUGGGGAGAUGGGCGGGAGAAUGAAAAAAGCAUUUGCCAAAUAUAAAAUAUCUAGCUUCAAGAUAUAGUAUAUGUACAGUGUACACGUCCUUCUCUUUUAUUAUUCUUCACUCUUCACAUGCAACCUUAUUAUAACCUCCAAAUCCCAUCGAUCGAUCACCACUGCUUCAAUAUUCCUUCAACAGCUCCCCUAGCUACUCCUUCCAUGGCUGCUGCCUUGAGCUUCAUCAUUGGCUUUAUUGGCAACAUAAUUUCAAUACUGGUUUUUGCUUCUCCCAUAAAAACGUUUUUGCAGGUGGUGAAGAAGAAAUCGACAGAGAAUUACAAAAGCAUUCCAUAUAUAACAACACUACUCAGCACAAGUUUAUGGACGUUUUAUGGACUUCUUAAGCCUGGCGGUUUACUUGUCUGGACGGUGAAUGGCGCUGGUGUCAUCUUUCAGUUCAUAUAUGUCACUCUUUUUCUCAUCUAUGCUCCAAAGCAUCUCAAGGUAAAGACGGCGAAGUUGGUGGGCAUAUUGAAUGUGGGUUUUGUUGGGUUAGUAAUUGCAGUAACUCUUCUGGCCCUCCAUGGAAGUGUGCGGCUCACCUUCGUUGGAGUUUUAUGUGCUGGCUUAACCGUGGGCAUGUAUGCAUCACCUCUAUCAGCCAUGAGAUCGGUGAUAAAGACGAAGAGCGUGGAAUUCAUGCCCUUUUUCCUCUCAUUUUUCCUGUUCCUCAAUGCUGCAAUUUGGUCUGCUUAUGCCGUGCUUGUCCAGGACUUCUUUAUUGGUGUACCAAACGCUGUAGGCGUUUUGUUGGGGUCAGCACAGCUGAUACUGUACGCAGUGUACAAGAACAAGUCAAAUAUAAUUUCAACAAAAUCAACGGAGAAAAUGGAAAAAGAGGGAUGUGCACACCUUGUCAAAGGAAUCAUCCAGAUGCAAGCAUUUCAUGAGGAUGACGAAGAGGCCCUCAAAAAUCGAAGCCUCAACAAGGGGACAAGCCUCCCAAAGCCGCCUGUAAACAGACAGUACAGCUCCCAAAGACUCUUGAAGACAUUUUCUUUGAAUCCAUAUGAAGUGCAGUCUAAUUGGGCCCAUGUAGAUGAUCUUGAAAAUGGAGAAAAGAUUCACCCUUGAUUACUAGGUAAAGACUUUGAUAAUCAGAAGUAUUUUUCAAAUGUACUGCCUUACCUUAACACUGGUAUAGGCUUUUGUAUUUAUAAUUAAAGUUGUUACAAUAGAUAACAAUUUACAGAUUUGAGAAUA